CUUGAAAUAAGAAGUCUCUUUUACCAUCCUUGGCGCGGGCUAGAUAAGUUCGAUGUUUCUUCGUUCGGAAUCAAGUUGAAAUUUACAAGAUCUAAAAACCUAACAUACUUGCAGCGGAACAGCACGAGUUCCGUCAAUCCAUCAUAAACAUCCAUCAUUCCCCACAAAUCUCUCCCUCUCCUCUGCUCGGAGAUCCCCGAGCAUGGAGGGCGUUGGGGCUCGUCUCGGCCGUUCAUCUGCACGGUACGCCCCAACUACGGUGUUCAGCGGACCCGUGCGGAGGUGGAAGAAGAAAUGGGUUCCUCUCUCAAACCCUAACAACUCAAAUUCCAACAAUAACAAUCACUCCCAUCUCCUCCUUUACAAAUGGACUCCAAUCACACCGCUUUCCAACGGCACAGCAGCCGCAACUCCGCCAACUUCUAGUAAAGAUGCCACUUCAGCCGCUGUCACGCCGCCUUCUGCGGCCGAGGAGGCUCCCCAGAGGAAGUUCCGGUAUAUCCCGGUGUCUAUCCGUGAACAAAAACAUGAAACUAAUGUGAAGUCGGAUGAUGAGAGAAAACCUGACGAUGCUGGCACAUCUUUGCAGCCAGCUCAAGGUAAUGAUUCUGAUAGAAACCCUGAAGGGAGUGAUGCCUUGAUGGAAGAAGCUCAG